AAGCGACAGCUCGGCAGCUGUGGUGCCAGGCUGCGCUCAUCAAGGCUUGGGGAAAGGGAGCCAGACGGUGCUCCGGCUAGCCGAACACAUCGAUGGAAGGAGGAUGGGAGAGCGAGCGAGGGAGAAAAGUCCCGCUCAGAGAGCGUCCAAUGGCUGCGGCGGCGUCUGGCGUUGGCGGAGGAAACAGGAGUAAGGCCUUGGAACUGCUGCGGUCCUUGCCUAGAGUCAGCCUCGCCAACCUGCGGCCUAACGAUGGUGCUCGGAAACCGGAAAGGAGACGUGGACGUGGAAGGUAUAGAGGUAGGAAAAGUGGUAGAGGUCAUAAAGGAGAAAGGCAACGAGGAACCCGCCCUCGAUUAGGCUUUGAAGGUGGCCAAACUCCUUUUUACCUGGUUAUUCCAAAAUACAGCUACAAUGAAGGGCACAGCCACAGGCAUCAGUAUCCACCCCUCAGUCUCAGAAAGCUGCAGUACCUAAUUGACUUAGGUAGAAUUGAUCCAAUGGAACCAAUAGAUCUAACACAACUGAUAAAUGCAAGAGGUGUAACAGUACAACCACUCAAAAGGCAUUAUGGAAUCCAACUUGUGGAGGAGGGUGCUGAUACCUUUGCAGCAAAAAUAAACAUUGAAGUGCAGAUUGCAUCUGAACUAGCCAUUGCUGCGGUUGAAAAAAAUGGUGGUGUCAUAACAACAGCUUUCUAUGAUCCAAGGAGUUUGGAAAUUCUUUGCAAACCAGUGCCAUUUUUUCUCCGGGGCCAGCCUAUUCCAAAAAGAAUGCUUCCUCCCCAAGAUCUUGUCCGUUACUAUACCGAUCCUAUGAACCGUGGUUAUCUGGCUGAUCCAUCAAAGAUUCAAGAAGAAAGACUAGAACUUGCCAAAAAAUAUGGUUAUAUAUUACCAGAUAUAACAAAAGACGAACGCUUCCAAAUGCUUAGUGCACGCAAGGACCCCAGACAGAUUUUCUUCGGCCUUGCUCCAGGAUGGGUAGUAAACAUGCCAGAAAAGAAAAUUCUGAAACCAACAGAUGAAAGGUUGCUAAAAUACUACAGCUCAUAAGUACUCAAAUUGGACAUCACUGUUGAGCAUAGAAAAACUCUAAAUGUUAUAUGGAAGUAUAAGUUGCUAUUCAAAUAAAGUAAUAAAAAAUGAUAAA